CCCGCAAUCUCAACCCCAAACCAUAUCAAGCUGACUACAUGGGUCACAAGGUUCAUUUGGACCAAAAUGAAAAACUUGCUAUGUUUGGGGUCACCCAUGUUUUAGCCAUCGAUGGCUUCAGCAAAAAGGUCGUUGGUCAUUCUACAAUGCCUAUAAAAAACAACCUUGCCAUUUAUGAAGAUGUUUUCAGGCCUGCUGUACUUACCUAUGGGAUGUGGGACCAGGUGCGAGUAGAUCAUGGAAAGGAGUUUUAUUUGACCCUCUUCAUGCAGGAGCUGCUGUCUUCUCAUCGCCACAAUCAGGAGAGAAGACCUUAUUUACAGACUUCAUCCACAAGGAACCAUGUAGUUGAACGAGUCUGGCCUGAGGUGAACAAUCGUGUCAAUUAUCCCCUGAAGACAGCCCUUCUGCAGUUGGUGGAUCAAGAGGAACUAGACAUGGAAGACAACCUUGUGAGAUACUGUGUGUCCAGCCUGACUGGCCAGUUGUGCCAGAUUAGUCUUACAAGAAUGGUUGAGUCAUGGAAUGCUCACAGAAUUCCAGGUAAAGGUAUACCGGAUAAUUUGGCUGCCAGUGGGUGUCCAAAAAAAAUACCACAGGAGCUGUUGCCUCAUUCAGUUGAAGCAGCAGACCUCUACAAAGAACAGCUGGGAUCUUCACUGACAACCCAUUCUACUUUUGGAGUUGAUCCAUUUUUAACUGAACAGGACAAACUUGCAGUCGAGAAUCAGUUUGCAGAGAAAUAUCCAGACAUUUCAAACUUGUUCUCUAGAGCAGUUAACAUGAUUUUGCUCCAUACAAAGAGGCGUUGCUCUAUCUCGUAA